GAACUGCAACCGAAGGUUCUGCUGGUAGUAGUGGUAUUCGUACUGUGCUUCGUUGUCGGUGUCUGCGGAAACUCGUCCAUUCUGACGCUGAUACGUGGUGUGAUGGCCGAUCGACGAGCGAGAACACGGCGACAAGGCGAUAACGCCAUCCUCUACAUAGCCGCCUUAUGUGUUUGCGAUUUUCUGAUGAGCCUCAGUCUUCCACCGGCUAUUUUAGACAGUGUUAUUGGUUUCUGGAUCUUCGGCACAUGGAUGUGUAAGCUGCAUCAUGUGUGCGGCUCGGUGGGUCGAAUCGUGUCCACGUUUCUGAUCACAGCGAUGAGUUUCGAUCGCUACGUGGCCAUAUGCCAUCCGCAUCACACCUACUUACGAAGUCGAUCCUUUGUUCUCGGAGUGAUCAGCUGUGAGUUUCAAUUCAUGAAGUUCUGCAAUAUUUCUACUUUUUCCAUACUAUAUAUGCUGCAAUUCGCAAAGAUACAUCGACGGCAGGUCUUUCAAUUCUGGCGUUCUUUCUUCUUUUACCGAUGCUUACCUACGCCCGAGCGAAGGGAGAUGGUGCUGCACGAGUUGAAAGCACUGGACAGCUUCAACAUUACACGGGUUUCGGGAGUCUUUACAAAUGGAAGAAUCGGGACGAUUUUGCUACUUUUCAGAACAUUCAUUCUUGGUUAUGUCGUGCCGUUGAUUCUUAUUGUGUUCUUCAAUUGGAAGCUUAUUCGUAAGCUGUACGUUCAUAAAAGGUCAGCUAUUUUCAUGCCUAAAAAAAGGAUCUCCGACAGGAUUUCUGUAGUAAAUGGAUAUGAUUGCAGAGUGCUGCCACGAUCUUCCAUACCACUUCGACGAGUCGUUAUGUAUACGGUUUUAAUUGCAGCUGUCUAUUUUGUCUGCUGGACACCCUACUGGUUCUCCGUACUCUACGCCAUAGUGAUGUCAUUGGUUGGCUUGCCAACGACGAAUAGUGAAUUACUCCUGUUUGUGAUAUAUUGCGUCCAUUUAUUACCGUAUUUCGGGAGUUCAUCGAAUUGGAUUCUCUAUGGACUUCUCAAUACCCAACUUCAG